ACUCUUCUUCUUCUUCUUCUUCUCCCUACUAUUACUCUCAAUUUCUUUCCCGUCACUUCAGACGAACUGCUCUACCCGUAUGGACCCAAACACCAGGACAGAACCACCCCAAAAGCAGAUGACGGGGCAUCUCCUCAGAUCCCCAUCUCUGAGAGCUUCUACUUUUACACCAGGAGGUAUCAGUCUCUUUAUGUGAACAAUAAUGGAGUGGUGUCAUUUGGUAAGCCAGUCAGCCAGUUCACUCCUGAUCCUUUCCCCUUGACGGAUGGACGGGCCUUUGUUGCUCCCUUUUGGGCUGAUGUCGAUAACCGCAUCACCGGCGAGGUCUACUACAGGCAGAGCCAAGAAAAGCAGCUCCUGCAGAGAGUCACCAGUGACAUCAACACUUACUUCCCAAGUGAAAAUUUCACGGCUACCUGGGUCUUCAUAGCCACUUGGGACCAAGUGGCUUUCUAUGGAUCCCUGUCCUCCAAGGUGAACACAUUCCAGGCUGUUUUAACCUCCAAUGGUAAACUGUCUUUCGUUAUACUGAAUUAUCAGGACAUCCAGUGGAUAUCAGGGCAGGCAAGUGGUGGAGAUGCUCACACCGGCUUGGAGGGCACACCUGCUCAGGCUGGAUUUAACAAUGGAGAUGCUAACAACUACUUCAACAUCCCUGGAUCUUGGACUCCAAGCAUCAUUAACGUCAGCUCCACGAGUAACAUCAUGGACCCUGGGCGCUGGGUCUUUGAGGUGGAUGUCUUUGCAGUGCCAAAUGGCUGUGUUUACAAAGCUAAUUUCCUGCCAGUCAGUGCCACCUUCUGGACUGAAUCAACUUGUGAGGAGAAGUGCCAGUGCACGUCUGAAGAUCCCAGGGUGACAUGCCAGGCCAGCAGGUGCUCUGCAGAUGAGAUUUGCCAGCCGAAUUCCUGGUACCAUGUGUGCCGGCCCACCCAUAAGGCCACCUGCCACGUCUUGGGUGGGCGGCACUACACCACCUUUGAUGGCCGACUGUACCAGUUCCAAGGCAACUGUGUUUAUAUGCUGUCUCAGAUGUGUGCACCCUCCAACAAACACAGCCUGGAGUAUUAUCGGGUGGAAGCAGGGAUUUCAGGGGAAACCCCAGAAGUGUCACAGAUAGAGCACUUGCGCAUGAUGGUCUACGGACAGGACAUUGCUGUAAUAGCUAACUCUGCUGGGCAUGUCAUGAUCAAUGGAAUCAAGAGCCUUCUUCCUGUGACCCUCCUUGGUGGCAAGGUCCGAGUGCAUCAGAGUGGAUUCUCAACUAUGAUCGCCACUGAUCUGGGGGUGGAAAUUUCCUACAAGGGGAGUCAACAUGUGGAGGUUGCUGUUCCUGCCAGCUACCAUAACGCCACCUGUGGCCUCUGUGGAACCCUGAAUGAAAACCCCGCUGAUGAUUUCUUGACUCCAAACAGAUCCCUCGCGGCAUCAGCAGCUCUGUUUGCUAAAAGCUGGCAGGUGCACUCUGCGGAGGACCAGUGUGGGGGCACCCAAGAGUUGCCAAGCUGCCCUUCAACCGAAUUGGCUCUUUUUUCCAGCCCAGAGUACUGUGGCAUCCUGAAGGAAUCUCCAGGAAUCACUUGUCCAGAGAACAGCCAUUAUGAGCCUUGCUCUACUGCCUGCCCAGCCAGCUGCUUGGAUUCCACAGCCCCACUUUAUUGCAACGAGCCUUGCAGGGAGGGCUGCUUUUGCAACAGAGGCUACAUUCUUAGCGGAGGAGCUUGUGUGCCCCUGGACCAUUGCGGCUGCACUCUGAACGGCCGGUAUUACCAGCUGGGAGAUGACGUGAUCCUGACAGAUACCUGCAGCCAGAAAUGCUCCUGUAGGCGCCCUUCCCACCCCAUGGAGUGCCAGAAGCAUGCAUGUGGGGCUCUGGAAACGUGCAGAGUUGUGGGCGGCAUGCUGGGCUGUUACCCGGCGACCUUUGGCAACUCCUGGGUGUUUGGGGACCCCCAUUACGUCACUUUUGAUGGGGUCGCAUUUGACUACGAGGGAACGUGCAAAUACACGCUGAGCAAGUACUGUGCCCCCCAGGGAGCCCUCCCUUACUUCGCCAUAAAAGUGGAGAACGAACACCGGGGCUCCUUGGCCGCAACAUGGGCACGUCUGGUGGAGAUAGACGUCUAUGGGGAGCACAUUGCCAUAGCGGCUGGUCAGUACGGCAAAGUGCAGCUAAACGGCAUCCUCCUUCAGCUGCCUUUCGACUUUGGAAACGGGAAGAUCUAUGGCUACUAUAGUGGCUUCUCUGCCAUCAUCCAGACCGAUUUUGGCCUCUUUGUCUCUUACGACUGGUCCUACUAUGUGUCAUUUUCUGUCCCCCCGUCCUAUUCUGGAUUGCUCUGCGGCCUCAGUGGAGACUUCAAUGGGAACCAGAGUGACGACUUCAAAAGCCCCGAUGGCACUGUGCUCUCGGAUGCUGCCGCUUUUAGCAAUAGCUGGAAGGAGGCCAGCUCACCUUUCCACUGCACAGUUGUUGGGUUUCCACCACACUGUGAUGAAGACCUGCUAGACCGGUACUCCUCUGUGAGGUCCUGCGGAAUCAUUCGUGAUCCAGAUGGGCCAUUUAGACUCUGCAGUGACCAUGAUGUGGCUCAGGUCCACUUUGAGAGCUGCGUGAAGGACAUGUGUGUCACGAACGGCAGCAAUUUGUGUGAGGUCCUGGGCACAUACGCCCAGCAGUGCCAAAUUCACGGAGACACCAUUCAGCCCUGGAGGGAGAUCACUGGGUGUGAGUUGCGCUGCCCUGCCAACAGCCACUAUGAACUCUGUGGACCUUCCUGUCCUGCUUCUUGCGCCCACCCAGCUGUGCCCUCUCGUUGCCGGACUGGGUGUGUUGAAGGGUGUCCGUGUAACCCUGGCUUUGUGCUGAGUGGCACCGAGUGUGUGCCUCGCCAGCAGUGUGGCUGCACUCACGGUGGAAGAUACUACCUGACUGAGGAAACCUUCUGGCAAGGAGAAAACUGCAGUAGCUUUUGCCGCUGCGAUAGCACCACCCAUGCCGUCAUGUGCACCCUCUCAUCCUGUGGUCCUGGAGAGUUCUGUGGCAUUCACAAAGGCGUUUAUGGUUGCCACAAGCUGUUGGGUGGCACUUGUUGGGCUUCAGGGCAUCUCCACUACACGACAUUUGAUGGCCGGCAUUAUGACUUCUGGGACACUUGCAAGUACAUAUUUGCAGAGCUGUGUGCGGCAAACACAUCUUUACCCUUCUUCAGGGUAGAGGUUAAGAACAAGAAGCUGCACAACAGAUCUUUGUCUGUGACCUCAGAGGUGUUUGUGCAAGUGGGCACCCAUCAAAUACACUUGCAGAACAGACGCCGGGGAACCGUCAAGAUUGAUGGGAUAACUGCAAACCUUCCAGCCGACGUUAAUCAAGGAGAAGCUGUCAUUUAUCGGCAUGGAGUGUACACAACACUGAGAGCGAAGUUUGGCCUGGCAGUGAGCUUUGACCUGGCCCACAGCCUUUUUGUCACCAUCCCUGCCGAAUACAUGGGCCACACCUGCGGGCUUUGUGGGAACUUCAAUGGAGCUGCCGCUGAUGACUUUAUGAUGCAAGACGGCUCCUUGGGGAAGAAUGUCUCCUACUUUGCUGCGGGUUGGAAAUCUGAGACUGUGCCGGGCUGUGACGGUGGCUCUGCUGACCCCUACCCUCAGUGCCUGGAGCAGGAACAGAUCCUCCAGGCAAAAUGUGGAUGUUGGAUCAUCCAGAACCCCACUGGGCCCUUUGCUCCUUGUCGGUCUGAAAUUAGCCCUGAGCCCUAUCUGUCUGAUUGUAUAUUUGACCUCUGUGCCUCCCCAGGCGACAGAAGGGUCCUGUGCCAGUCCAUUCAGAAGUAUGCUGCAGCCUGCCAGAGGGAAAACCUGAGCAUCUCAGCUUGGAGGAACGAUACUUUCUGCAAUCUCCAGUGCCCACAACACAGUCACUACGAGCUCUGUGGCAGUCCUUCGCAUCAGUUGUGCUUCGGGACCUGGCUCCAGAACGUCUCUGUCUCUGCUUGCUCCGAAGGGUGCUUCUGUGACGACGGUUACUAUUGGAAUGGCAAUGAGUGCGUCUUGCCUGAGCAGUGUGGCUGCAAGCAUGAUGGGCGCCACUACAAAGUUAGAGGCCAUAUCUGGCUGCCCGGCUGUGCUAAAAAAUGCAUCUGUGACCCCCAGGGCAAUUUCCGUUGUUUCGCAGCUAAAUGCAACCGGGGCCAGCAGUGCGCCCUGAGGGACGGACAGUGGGGCUGCCGGAGUUUCCUGACCACCUGCGUUGUGACGGGAGACCCUCACUACUUCACCUUUGACGGUGCGGUGGUGCACUUCCAGGGCAGCUGUGACUACGAGGUCUCUUACACUUGCAACUCUUCCCUGGAUUUUUCCUUCCGGGUUAUGGCUGCCAACAGGCAUUUCUGGAAACCCAGCGUAUCCUUUGUUUACAGAGUAGAAAUCUGGCUCCUCACCAGCCACUCGAGUUUCCACAUCGUCCUAGAGCGAGGCAAAGCUGCCCAUGUUAAUGGCAGAAGGACCCAGUUGCCAGCCCAUGUUGGAUCCAUUGCUCUGAUCUUCAGACUGAGGCACAUGGUGGUCGUAAGAACGAAAGCCAACUUGGAGAUCCAGUUCAAUGGGGCCAGCAGUUUGUUCAUCCGUGUGGGCCCAGAGUAUCAACAUCAGCUGUGUGGAAUAUGUGGAAAUUUCAACGGUGAUGCCACUGAUGAUAAAGUCCUGCUCAGUGGAGAGAAAGAUCUGAGUGAUGCAGAGUUUGGGAAUGCCUGGAUAUCAAGCACCAGCCCCAAGUGGUGUCAGAACGACACUGGGCGUCUUCAUCCAUGCCCCAAACAACAUGUGUUUGAGCGGAAGUGUGCUAUCCUGAUCAGCGAUCCUGGGCCCUUCUCCGAGUGCCAUUGGCACAGAAGCCCUGACCCUUAUUAUGAGUCCUGUGUUUAUGACCUCUGCCAGUACGGACAGGCCAACCGCAUGCUAUGUGGAGCUAUUGAAGCCUAUGAUGAGAUGUGCACCAUUAUUGGUGUGAAGGUGACAAACUGGCGUUGGGAGAUUGGAUGCAGUUUUACCUGUCCGUUCAACCAGUAUUAUGACUUCUGUGGCCCGGCCUGCCCAGCCACUUGCACCAACCUCAAUGCACCCCCCAGUUGCACAAAGCCCUGUGUGGCAGGCUGCUUCUGCCGAGAAGGCUAUGUUCUUCACUCCGGGGUGUGCGUGCCCAGGAGGAUGUGUGGCUGCAUGCUGGAUGGCCGCUAUUACCAGCUGGGAGAGGAAGUGAUCCUGACGGACACUUGCAGCAAGAGAUGUUCCUGCAAGCAGCCUGCGCGCCACAUGGAGUGCCAGGAACAUGCCUGUGGACCUCUGGAAAUAUGCAGAGUUGUGGAUGAAAAACGGGGCUGUUACCCCAUGAAAAACGGCACCAUGUGGAUAUACAGCCAUUCUCGCUACAUCACAUAUGAUAAUCACGUUUAUGGUUUCCGAGGCGCCUGCAAAUACACCCUGACUACCUACUGUGGCCCCCCAGGAAAGCUUCUGGGUUUCACGAUCAAAGUGCUGAAUACACACAAGGCUUCCCUUGCGAUGACGACAGUGAAGCAGUUGGAGCUCGAUAUCUAUGGCGAGCAAAUUAUUAUAGAAGCAGGACAGGAAGACAAAAUACAGGUAAAUGGGUACCUGAUGAACCUGCCUGUCACCCUCGCAUCAGGGAAACUCAACGCCUAUUGCAGUGUCUCUGGCCGCUUCGUCAUCGUUGAGACUGAUUUUGGCCUCUCUUUCUCCUAUGACUGGGUUUUCUACGUGUCUGUUUCUCUUCCUGAGACUUAUUCUGGCUCCCUUUGUGGCCUCGGUGGAGAUUUCAAUGGGAACCGCCUUGAUGACUUCAGGACCCCCAAUGGUACUCUGGCAUUACAAGCGGAGACCUACACCAAAGUCUUGUAUUCUCUGUCCAGGAACAUUCUGGUUCAGGUCCCCAGUUCGCGUGGAACAGAAGCUCCAUUUGGGGCAUGCAGAGAGUGA